AUAGGGUUGCCUCCCGUUUAUCUGUCAGGAUCGUUCCUGCAUUGACCGAUUUCCGAAUAAAAUGCGGUUUAUAUGCUUGACGACAGUGAUAAAGGAAGCUUCUUUUUGAUCUCCUGCUGGUUCUGACUACUUCAAAUCUAGUCUCUGCUAACAGAAUUGUUUGGGACAUCCAAUCAGCAUGAGGAUAUCCAUCUAUCAUAAGUUGCUAAUGGAAUGACAUAGAAUUAUGAAGUUUAUCCAUUAUGAAAUAAAUUUCUUUUGAAAAUAUGCCAGCUCUAAGAAAAGCACCUAAAAAGCUAUUUAAGAAGACUGUUGUAUCCAAAGGUUAUGGAUAUCAUACGCCACAAGAUGGGUCAGUUUGUAAAAUUAAAGUAAUUUCUGAUGAUUCAAAGCUUAUGAUUGGUUUAGAUGAUAUACAAACAAAAGAAAUAAUUGUAGGAGAUGUUGACGAAUCCAUAGACCGAAUAAUUGAGGAUUGUAUUCGAACAAUGAAAGAAGAGGAAGAAUGUUAUGUGCAUUUUCAAGAUCCAGAAGCUUAUACAGACAGCAUUACUCCAAUAGAUGUAACAGAGGAUAUAAAGGGUGACUCAAAUUCUCCUGUAAAUGCUCCUGAUGCUGAAUCUAGUAGUGAGUCAAAUAUUUCUGCUGAAAAUACUAAUCUGGCACUUCCUGAUGAAAAUAAGCCAAAUUCAGGUAGUGAAGAGAAUGUUUCUCCUACUGAAGUGGCUCCCCAGAGUCCUUCUAAUGAAGCACAUGACAAUGCCUCUGCUAUUAAGGAAGAUUCUGAAAAUUUAGUCAAAAUACAAUUCCAACUUUUGUUUUAUACAAGAGAGCCUGAAAUAUGGGAAAUGAGCAUUACAGAAAAGUGGCGAAGAGCUAGCUAUCAUAAACAAAGAGGAUUAGAGUUGUAUGCUCGUGGUGCAUAUCAGUAUGCAUUUAGACGCUUUGGGUUAACUUUAAAAUAUGUUAUUUCUUUAGAACAUGAUGUGCCUUCUGGUCAAGAAGAAGGCAUGGAUAUCAAAGGGUUGAAAUUAUCAUGUUAUCUAAAUGUUGCUGCAUGCCAAAUGAGACACCACAAUUUUGAAUCUGUUGUAAUUAACUCAACUAAAGCUUUAUCUAUUCAACCUCAAAAUGCCAAAGCUUUGUAUAGAAGAGGAGCAGCAUACCUGCAGUUACAAGAGUAUGAGAAAUCUAAGGAAGAUUUGACAGCUGCUCAGCAGCUUGAGCCAAAAAAUCAAGCAAUUUCCAAGCAAUUGCAAGUGCUUAAAAGUCAGGUUCAAAAACUGAAUCAAUUUUAUGCAAGUGCCAUGAAAAAGAUGUUCUCAUAGGCUUAAUAUUUAAAGUUCAAAGGUAUACCGACUCUGAAGUUCCAAAAAUACUGAUUGGAUCUGCUAAAAUGCUUUUUAACAAAGACUUUUACUUGAACUCUAUUUUAAAUUCAAAGGUAGCUAUUUAUUAAUUUGCUUAUGAUUUUUGCUAAAAAUGUGCUACUGUAUUUCAUCGAAACUGGUGUUUUAUUAACACUUAUUCAUUGCAUAUAGUAUAAACCACAGUUUGAGUCUGAAAUGUGCUUCCAAUUUUUUUUUAAAUUGAAAUUUGAUGUGAAACUUGUGCUAAUUUUCUCAUGAAAAGAACCUUGUAAUGCUCUGGUUACAUAGAGGCAAAUUGCGUGAGCUGAACACUUUUUUCUGUAUUACUUCUUUUAUUUAUGACCUAUUUAUGAUUAGUAUUAAUAUCGUUCUGCAAAGUAUUUGUUCAAUAUUAAUAGAAGGUAAAAUAGUAUAUGAUUGUGUAUAUGAAUGUACUUUGUUCAGUAUGCUUCCUUUUAGAAAAAAAGUUGCAACUUAUUUAAGGUAAAACAACAUAAUUUACUCUUAGCUAUUAAUCGUAUGCUUUUUUUUUCUUCUUGUUUUGUUUUCUCCUUGCUUAAUAACCUGUAUAUUAGAGAAGCUAUCAAGCUAAGAACUUGUUCACAUCUUCAUAUUGUUAGUGCAAUGUAUAUGUCAGUUAUGCUGUUGUCUAAUGUCUGGACUAUGACAAUUUACAUUUUUUUUACAAUGUAAAAUAUUCAUAUCCCUAAGCUUCGGCUGUAGUUUAAAAUUCAGUUCUUUUAGGAUGAUCUUAGGUUUAGUUUAAAAUUAAAACUCAAGUUUUCUGUAAAAAGUGUUACAAGAUGCAUUUAAUUUCAACCAUUUACUUACUGUGCAGAACAAGUUUGAGACAUACAUUUCUCUUUCUUUAUUUGGUUUUUCUUUUCUGUGUGGAUUCUAUUUCAUUAUUGAGUAUGUUUAUUUAUUUAUUACAUAAGCGUAAGGUACAUUUUUGCUACGAAGCAUUUGGUGCUUCUGUAUAUCUUUAUUUUAGGUACAGAAUUCUAAUUUCAGUUACCAAAUAUUGACAUAUAACUGAUUAUUACUUUUAAAAUGAUGCUUAUUAAAAAGUAAGAUAAGAAUAGUUUAAAUGUUUACAACUGUUUAUCUUCAUUUAUCAAAUAUUCUCUUAAUUUUCUGAAAUAUUUAUUUGAAUAUUACUUUUUUUUUCUUUUUCUAUAUUUUAUCAGAAGCUUACUCAAAUGUUGUUGGACCCUUGGAAUAACCUUUUCCAUACUUACUAUUAGUAAUCAUAUUGUGAUGUUGAGAAGUUAAAUCAUAAUUUGCAAGAUUGUUUUGUGGGGUUUAACUCAGUACUUACUGCUUAUGAAUCUUCUGCAUUACAUUGCUUAUGAAAAAAUCAUAGUUUAAUUGCAUUAAUAGAGUUACAGUUCAGUAAUUUAAAUUAUUGUCAUAAUACUGGUCAAAUAUUAAGUAAAUGUGUAUGCUAGAUUGCUAGAUAUCUCAAAGUAUAUUAUACCGAAACUGAGAAAAAGGAUAAUGCUGCUUUUUAUAAGUUCUCUUGUUUAUAUUCUUUAAUACUAUUUUAAAGGCUCUAAAAUUGUUUCUCACUUGUAAACGUUUAAUGCAUUGCAGACAUUUUUAUGCAUAAUAUAAAAAGAUUUCAAACAAGGGUCAUUUGUGCAUAAAACUUUCACAUGCAGAAAUUGUAUAAUAAUGUUCGACUUAAAUUUAGUAAUUUAAGUGAUCUUGUUGCUCUAAAUAUGGCUCAAAGAACAAUGUGAUACAUUUAGAAUAUACAUGUAAUGAUAGAUACUGUGUUUAUCUGUUGUUAAAUUUGAUGUAAAGGUUGAUUGCUUUUAUAUAUUUUACUUUGAAUAUCUAAUUUGGUUAAAUAAAAAUGUUGUUUCUUUCAAAUUAAAAGUUUAUUACCUUUAUUGUGGCUUAAGCAUAUCAUUUAAGGACCCACUGUGUUACAAAUUGUCAGAAAAAAAUUCAUAGCUUUUGUUUCUCUCAGUUUUAGUUAUUUCUUUUAAAAAAGCCACUUUCAAGUCACUCAUUUUGUAAAAAGGUUUUUUCUGACAGAAUUAUUAAGAUUUCGAAUGUUGCUGCCACGACAAGUAUAAAUGUUUUUGUAAAAUUAGCUACUGUUUGUGCUGGUGAGGAUUUCUGCUGUGGUCACAUUGUUCAUAAAAUGCAAAAAUAUUAUCUGAAUUACAAAAAUUAAGCGACAUAGUUUCGUUUGUUUGCUUAAAUAAGAUUUAAAAAAAUGAUGUAUGAUCCAAGAGAAGGGGGGGGGGGGAGCAAUCAUGGUGAUAUUGAACUAAAUCAUGUUAUUAAUCUUAGUUAACAUGUUUAAACUACAAUUAAAUUUAACAAUACUUUUUCUUACAGGGUGUUAUAUUCCCUUAAGAAAUGUAAUAUUGGCUUUUAAAAAAAAUGCAACUUGUGUUCUCUCAAUGCUAAGUAAAAUUUUAAAUUUUAGGUCUUUUACAGUUACGAAUAUACUAUGGAUUUGUGUCUGUAUGUGUUUUAGUAUAUUCAAGAACGAAAUGAGAGCUUGUUUAAUUUGCCAUGCAAUGGAAAAAUCCACAUUUGCAGUUGAUCUUGUAAAUACUAGAGCAGAAAUGUGAUACAUCAAAUUGACGAUUGUUGUUAAAAGAAAAGUUGAACUGAAAAUUCAAAACUUUCAGUUGACGUGUUUCAAAUUCUUAUUUAGGUGAUAAUGUUAAAUACUUUUUAUCUGUUGAAACAUUACCUUUAAAAAACUCCAUAAAAACUUUUGAAUGU